AGUUGUUUAGCUCAUGUAAAGCCAUGAUUAAAGAGAACAACGAUGUUCUAUUAUCAUUUCAGUUUCAUUUAUUAUUUUUCCUUUUAUCACCUAAAAACGCUGGUUAAAUGGUAUGUUUGUUGGAAUGGCUACGAAACAGUGGUUAGCAAUAAAUCUCUAAGUUUAUCCAUAUUUAUAAUAAAUGUCACUUGAUGUCUCCUCCUUUCGUCAAGCAAUCCAUCGUGACCUUUUCCACGGAUGAUCUUCUUCUCAUGCUGAUAGUAGACUGUCAACGAUACAUAAAAGAAAAGUAGAAGACCUUGAUGAGACUGGUAUCAAAAAAUUACUUUAGAUCAGAAGCAUCAUCAAUAUUUAUAAUUUUAUGAAGACAAAGGAUGUUAUACAGAAUAAAUAUAAUAUUUAUAUAGUCAGGAGAAUUAUGGGGAAGAUUAUUAGGAACAUUUGUGAUUUGUGCAAGUCACUGUCUGGAAAAAAAAACAAAAAAACAAGAUAAUUUUGCAUUCUAAAUGGAUAUAUCUAUAAAAGACUUUUCAACAUCUUCAGAUAUUUGUAAAGGUGAGAGGUGAUGGAAAUAUAUUUUAAAGAAUAUUUGUUACAUGUAAAUUAUAAAAAGAAAAGCAAGUGAAGUAUCCAUAUAUUGUGGAGAAAGAAGGAAAAUGAUGGUGAAAUGAGUUAAAAGAUUGAUUUUGGUUUUCUUUUUGUUCCGAAGAAAUGGCAAAAGACUCAGGAAAGACUUUGUAUCAGUGUGAUAUUUGUGAAAAGUCAUUCACUAGAAAAGCUCGUCUUACUAUUCAUAUACGUAUUCAUACGGGAGAGAAACCAUAUCACUGUGAUAUCUGUGGUAGACACUUCUCUCGAACUGAUGAUUUAAUUAUUCAUAAACGUGUCCAUACAGGAGAGAAACCAUAUGGAUGUGAAAUCUGUGGUCAAGCGUUCACUCGUAGAGAUAGUUUAACCGAACACUGGCGCAUCCACACAGGAGAGAAACCUUAUCAGUGUGACAUGUGCACUAAAUCCUUCUCUAAACGUUCUAACUUAGCUGAUCACAAGCGCAUUCAUACUGGAGAAAAACCGUUUCAAUGUGAUUUCUGUGGUAGAUCAUUCAAUCAAAGUAAUCAGCUAACUAAACACAAACGUGUUCAUACAGGAGAAAAGCCCUAUCACUGUGACAUCUGUGAUAAAUCAUUCUCCCGAAACGAUGAGCUAACUGCUCACAAACAUAUUCAUACAGGAGAGAAACCUUAUGCGUGUGAUUUCUGUGGUAAAUCAUUCUCUCGAAACGGUGACUUGACUGCUCAUAAACGCAUUCAUACUGGGGAAAAACGAUUUCAUUGUGAUAUCUGUGGUAAAGCAUUUAUUGAAGGUAAUAUGUUAAAGAGACACAUACGAAUUCAUACUGGGGAAAAACCAUAUCAGUGUGAUAUCUGUGGUAAAUCCUUCUCCCAAAGUACUGCUGUAACUGUCCAUAAACGUGUUCAUACUAAAGAAAAACCAUAUCACUGAGACAGCUGUGGUAAAUCAUUCUCCCACAUUAAUCGGUUAUAAAAACUGGCAUUCUCUCAAUCUUUUGGUUUAACUAAUUACAUAUGUAUUUUUAAAAGUGACAAACUACAUCACUGAUAUUUGUGGUAAUCAUGCUCACUAAAAAGUCUCAAACAAGCAAAACCAUUUUCACCACUUCCAGACUUCCUCAUGCUCUGAAAACCACUAGAAAUCACAUUCUUGGAACCAUAGCUUCUGUGCAAGAACUCCUGAUACUGCCUCCUCACAAUGGUCCCAAAAGUACAAGACAUGAGACUUGAGUCAUGUUCUGUUCACUGAUGAAACCAGGGCGACCCUUGAUGAACCUGAUGGUUGGGUCUCUUUUGGAGAUGAGCAUCACCAGCGUUUACAUCAACAAGGUGUCGGAGUCAUGUUGUGGUCUGGUAUCUUUGGGAACAGAUAUGUUGGCCCAGUCAAGGUGCCUGAAGAAUUUAAAGUGACCGCAGCCACCUACUGCAGUUUCCUGAAGAAGGUCUUGGAUUCUUGGCUAGAUGACAUACUGCUGUCACUUCUAAGGAAUCUCAUAUUCAUGCAUGACAAUGCUCCCUCUCACUCUGCUAGGACCACUCAAACAUUCCUAGGGUCUUGCAGCGUGAAAGGUUGAUGGUGUGGCUGCUAUCAUCUGUGGAUCUCAACCCUAUUGAAAAUCUGUGGUCCAUCAUUAAACAAGAUGUUUAUGCUGAUGGACACCAAUUUACAUCAAAAGAUGUCUUUUGGGUGACCAUCAAAGUUGUAGCAGAGGCAGUACAACCUGCUACUAUUAAGAAAUUGAGAGAUUCCAUGACUAUUAGGGUUUUUGAGGUUACCUAUCAAAGUAGCAUUCAUGUGGCUAAAUAAUUCAUUAUGUCAAUAAAUGUGAUAAUGAUAUUAUGGAUUUCUGUUAAAUAUAUACUCAAUGUAUGCUUAAUAUGUAUCAUUACCCUUCAUUUUUAAAAAUAAAGGUCUAGAUGGGAUAUUUUCAUUCAAAAGCUAUUAGCGGGGUUCACCCCAAAACUGAAGAAUCUGUAAUAAAAAUGAAAGGACGUUACACAGAAUAGUGAAAACAUAACAAUGGUGAUGCCAGCUCGGAAUAGUUUUAUCAACAUCAAUUCCCAGAAAACCAUGAAAUCUUAAAUUUAAUUCCUAGGCUAUUAGCGUGGUUCUGGGUGUAUAUAUAUAUAUAUAUUCCGGCAUGUAUAGUAUGUACGUUCAAGUGUAUUUUUGUUUUAUAUUUAUUGUAUUUAUUCUAUCAAGAGACUAAUUCUCUUGUUAAUAUCUAUAAUUUCAUGUAUGACAUGUUCCCUUCUUGAAUUUAUAGUAAUUUGCAAAUGUCAUUGUGGUCUUAAACUUUACCGAAACACAAAGUGUGUGGAAUAAUAUUUGAAUUAUCACCAACACUCUUUUUUCUGUCCAUUGUCAAUGUGUUGGACCACAUUUUCUCAAAUAUUUUGUUAUUUCAAGUGGAAGUCUGAAAUUCCAGAGUUCCAACUGCAUCAUUCUUUCUGAAUAUUCAUAAGAAUUUGAAAUCUAAAUAAAAUUGGUUUACUCUGAAA